AUGAUUCCACAGACUCCUUCGCUGACUGUCCCUCCAGAUAGUUCUGCUCAGCAGCUGUUGCAGCUCGGGAAGCCCUUCGUUGAGUUUCCCCGUUUCAGCAUCCUCUCUCUACAGGCAGAGAAAGACCAGAACGGCAACCCCCUUCCCUUCUCUGAGUGGCUUACCAGACGCCUCCAACUAGGACAGCCUUUUGUCAUUGCCGAAUUCGACAAACUCGACACCUGGCCAGGCUCGGGUCCUCAUAAUGGCGACCAGCCGAGUUUCAGCAUCGAAAGGCUGAUCGAACUGAGCACCAAGAAAAACAUUCCCAUCCGCAAUUGCAGUACUGGUCGGGAUCUGUCAUUCACGCUCAAGAAGUUUGCCGACAGCGCUAGGCAGUCGUUUCCCGAAUUCCAGAACCUCUACGCCAGAGACUUACAAUGUCCGCAUGAAUGGCUCGAACAAUGUCGCCGGAUCCUGCCCACAGAGGUUCAAUGGGGUGGGCGAUUGGAUCUCUUCCAGUGGCUCCCACAGUGUGCGAGGAGUGAGGUCAUGAUGGCCUACGUUGGAAGCGAAGGGAGCAGCUCAGGGUUCCAUCGAUGCUUCUCGAGCACGGUCGCCUUGAACUUACUCGUCGAGUCGGACGACCGUCCUGUGGUGUGCAUUGGCACUGACUUUGACUCGCAGAAGAAAUAUGACGCCUUCAUAUCUUCUCGUGGCGCGUCACCUCAUUUAGACUGGCUAAACCUGGGGUCGGAGGAGCUCUUGAAAGCCGACUUCCCCCUGUAUGCCUACGAUCAACGAGUCGGCGACCUCGUCGUCUUCCCUCCUGCCACGGCCCACCAGAUUUGGAAUCCUGCCACGCUUUCGGCCAAGCUUGUCUGGAACAUCCUACAUCCGCUGUCACUUGAGGUGGGAUUUGAAUACGUCCAAGCACCUUUCAAUCGCCUCUGCCAUCCUGAUGUGGCUCGAACCAGCCUCUCCCUGGCAUGUGCUAUGCUAUCUCUGGUCCAGGACAACCAGACAGUGAGGAGCUCUCCACUUCCACUUCCGCCAGAUCUACCUCUCCUCUCACGCUUGUUUCGUCAAAUGGUCCAUGACGAAUCCAUAAUCGACUCUGAUCCUGUCACACCAAUGACUUUGGUGCCCAUCCAGCAAGGGACAAUUGCGACUUGUAACUUUUGCAGCACGGCUAUCUGGAAUCGGCACGUGCGAUGUACUCAAUGUGUCGAUUUCGAUCUCUGUCUCCUUUGUUAUCUCAAUGGCCGAUCUUGCGAUCACUCCCAAUCCUACGCAUGGGCAGAGCUGGUGUCGGCGGAACAAUGCACGAGGGUUCUCAAUCGGGCUCGGGAGAUUCUAGGAUUCCAGCCAGAAGAGCCGCGCACACUCGACAAGCGCAAGACCCUGGGGACGGCGGUCAAUGAUCUGAUGCGCGCCAAAACCUCAACCACCACGUACGUCAAAAGCGAAAAGCCUGCGAGUAAGCGAAGAGUGAAAGCUGCCGACCCUCGUGGGAAGGUCAUGGGCUUCGCAGACAAUGUGUUUGAUCAAAAGCGUGGAGGGCGGCGAGAAUCCAGCCACAGUGGCUUUGGGGCCGGACCUUUGCCCAGCGUCGCCCAGAUCACAGGCAAGAAGCGGGCAAUAUCUACUUCGGCAGAUUCUGGGCCAGCGACCCCGCUGAGAAAGAUGGAGUUACCAACACCCGAACCUGACUUCUCCGGUAGCAGGCUGGCAUUUUCGAGAGAAGGCUCCGAGUUUUUGACGGAUGGGCCUUUCGGAGGCGUCAACGGGACACGGCCCGCACUGCUGCCGAGUAUGAAGACAUUCCCCGACAUGGUCAGUCCCACCGAUGAGAGGCAUUCCCGAGUGAGUAGCUCGCCUGGCAUUGCAUCCCUUGCCUCGGCAGCGAUCGGCUCGAGUCGUAUAACAUCUAACAUGCAGAACAAUACUCUUCCACCGAUGCUUGGACAUCCUCCUGCUACCAACGGCAUGUACCUCCCACAGCACACUUCCAACGGCAGUUUUGGCACUCCAUCGUCUUCCGCCCCAACUGCAUCUCCUACAAAGACUGUUACCUGCUCUGACGAGACUGAAGCUCAAACUGCUGCGCUGGAUGCGUCAAUAGCAGAAUUGGAAGCGCAGCUGGUCAAACUCAAAAAGUAUGAGAGAGAGUUCAUCGCUUUGGAUCUUGACGAUAGUCGGAAGAUGCUAGCAAACCAAAUGGCGGAGAUAGAGGGCCAGAUCAAGAGAAAGAAGUGGGAGAAGGGCCUCCUUCUUAUUGAGAGAUUGAAGAAGGAAGGAUUUGGUGGCCUCGCGGCUGUGGUGCGCAAAGAAGUUGAGGUUGGGUCGAUGCUCGGGGGCCUCCAGCACGAUGGUUAA